UCAUUGUUGUCAACAAAAAUAACAAAGUCGAACUUAACCUUAAUUUAAUAACAAAACUGAACAAAAAAAAUCAGGAAAAUAUUCAGAAGAACGAAAAGAACGUUUAAAAAUAAUUCUUUUGCAUUAUUUUAAUUGUAAUUUUAUAAAAUGGCUGUGAAAUUACAAACAAUGAAUAUUUUCAACAAAAUGAAAAGGAAAAUGUCUACAAAAUUAAAUAAUGCACUUCUAAUCCUGAAUACCAGUGAAAAAGACUGUCAAGCGAAAGAAAAAUAUAAUUCAGAAGAAAGUUCGACAGAUUUGAAAAAUCAGAAUAAAGUUCAAGUAACCAACGAAGAGGAGCAAAAAAAGGAAUGUAAAAUUAAUAUGCAGUCUGUGAUAAAUAUAAAUGGAAAUCAAACUCUAAAUUUUCCUGUGAAAAAAAAAUUGAACUUCAAAAGUCUCCAAAAACAUUUAAUUGCUGCUGGUUCGAAAGCUCACAAAGAAUCUAAAAAUAAAUUUAAAACAGUUGUAAAUUUGGAAUUGAUGAAAGAAGAAUUAAAACAAUUGGAAGAUCCUCCUUUAACGCAACGUGAUAAGGAUUUAAUGGCUUCUAGACUCACACAUUCUUUUUUCGAUCAACCCUGUGAACAAUUGGCUCAAAAUCUUUUAGGAAAGAUUCUCGUACGAAAAUUGGAGAAUGGAACAAUUUUGAAAGGUCGAAUUGUAGAAACUGAAAGCUAUUUAGGAGCUAUUGAUAAAGCUUCACAUACUUAUCAAUAUCGAGUUACUGCGAGAAAUUUACCAAUGUAUAUGCCACCAGGAACAAUUUAUGUUUAUUUUACUUAUGGAAUGUAUUAUUGCUUUAAUCUUUCUAGUCAGGGUGACGGUUGUGCUGUUCUCGUUCGCGCUCUCGAACCCAUUGAAGGUCUUGAAGAAAUGGAAAAAAAUCGAAAUUCAAUCAAGAAAUCUUCGAAACAUUCCAAAAAGAAAUUCAAACCACAUGAAUUGUGUAAUGGUCCAUCAAAAUUGUGCAUGUCUUAUUUACUGGACAAAAGUCAUAGUAAAUAUUCAUUAUCUUCUUGGAAGUGUUUAUGGCUUGAAGAAGAUAAUUCAAAUCAAGGAGAAAUCAAAAUUAUCAGAUGUAAAAGAAUAGGAAUUGAAAGUUGUGGAACUGAAUGGGCAAACAAACCUCUUCGAUAUUAUAUUCAUAAAAAUAAGUCCGUCAGUAAGCGAGAUAAAGUAGCUGAAGAAAAUUCUUAGGAAUUUUUGGGAGAUAAAUUUAUAUUAUAUAUUAAUUUAUUUAUUUAUACUUCUACUUGAAAAGUUUUAUUCCUAGAAAAAAAUCGAAUUUUAAAUUAAUUGUUUUUGAUUUCAAUUUCUUGAAUUUCAAUACAG